AUGAUCAAUUUUUGGGGUCAUAUAAACAGUUUAGAACUUGGAGAAUUGCUUCUUACCAGAACCGGCAGCAGGAGCGACUCUAAGGACGUUGAAUCUGACGGUCUUGGAGAUGGGACGACAUUGACCAACGGUGACGACAUCACCCUCGUUGACACGGAAAGCAGGGGAGACGUGGGCAGCGAGGUUCUUGUGUCUCUUCUCGUAACGGUUGUACUUGGGGAUGUAGUGCAAGUAGUCACGUCUCAAGAUGAUGGUACGGUGCAUCUUGGUGGAAACAACGGUACCGGUGAGGAUACGGCCUCUGAUGGAGACAAGUCCGACGAAGGGGCACUUCUUGUCAAUGUAAGAACCUUGGAUGGCCUCCUUGGGGGUCUUGAAACCAAGACCAACUUCCUUAUACCAUCUCUUGGUCUUCUUGCUGGCCUUGGCCUUGCUGUUUUGGAAGAUGUGAGGUUGCUACAAAAUUGUUAG